GCUGCCAAUACCGAAUUGCCGGACGACUUGCGGCUAACAAAUCGCUGUUGAACUCGGCUCCCUCAGGUACCUACACCGUGCCCCCCACACUGGCGGCGUCGCUUCACGUGCCUCCCCAUCCCUUUCUGCGGAGCGGCUUCCGGCUUCCGCCAAUUCAGCGGCGGCUAGAGGCUUCGGAGAUCGCGGCCAGCAUCGGGUCAUCUUCGCCUUUCCAGCAGCGUGCCAAAGCACGAGAGGUGAUCGCCCUGGCGAAGCAGGCGAAGAUGCCUGUCACUGGCUCCGCUCUGGUCGAGCUAAGGCCUCGCGAGGCGAAGGCGCUGAACGAAAGCAGCAAGGACGAAGGGCGGAUGUUUCCAGUGCCGUUGGAGCUUGCUGGAGACGUGGUCAUUGUCUUGAACUGGAGCAACGCCUCCAAAGUCCCUUGCCUGACCGUUGUCAGCCAGCCACAGGACUGCAACAGCUGCGCCUUCGGCCCUACUAGUUGUUCACCCGCGCAUCUUCAAGCACCAGAACAAGCUCGACCAGAUACGCGGCUCCUCUCCUACAGCUUGCCCCGCCCUGACUGGCUCCUAACACCCAAUUCGCGCUACGAGGAGGUGGCUCACAAUUCCCACUCAGUUUGCAUACGGGAACUGGGCGACGAUGAGGAUGCCGUUCCUACACUACGGCUAUUGGGUGCUUUGUCGUACUUUCGCCUGCCGCAAAUGACCUUCCUGAAGGGCAUCCUCAUCGUGGGCGUGCGGACGUUCAUCAAUCCUGGAUGGUCGGAAGAGAUCAAUCUGAAGUGCACCAACUGCUCCUCUGUUAGCCAGGUGGUGAUCCGCCCUAUCAGCUUUGACCCCAUGUGCCGCAGCGUUUCGCAACAAAUGGCAGCUGCACUAAGAGUUGCGGUGCGCGCUGGGGAGGUCGAAAGUUCCCACAUUGACUUGUCCGAACUCAGCAGCGCGAGGAUGGAGGAUGUGGUGUUGCAUGGUAACGUGGCUGGAAUCAAUUGCCCUCUUCCUGCCGCAAGCCCCUGUGGUGGUUAUGCCGAGGGAGCUUUCGCUGUUGGCGAGGCGAAGGCUUCGUCCUUUGAUGAUGAGCACAUCACAUACGUUCUCCAGAGCUCACGCAGGUUGUCCGGCCAUGAGAAGCAAGUGUUCUUCCACCACCGAAGUGCAAUCUGCUUGUAUCCAGGAGGGCCUUCGAACCAUGGGUGGCUUGUGGGCUUCGCGGUAGUGCACAUGAAUGUCUUGGACAUGCAGGCGUUCAUUGGCUUUGUCUGCUUCUUUGGCGUCGCUUUGCCGCUCAUUUGCCUGGUCACGGCCCUGCUGCACUACAACAAAUACGAGAGGUGCAAGCAUCAUGUGCGACAUUUGCGUUUGGAGUACCAGCGCGAACAGCUGGAACGAGAGCUGGCUGCUGGAAACGAGGAGGAAGCCGAUUUCAAUGCAGGUCGCAGUCAACGAAGUGGCAACGCGUCAUCCAGCACCAGAGAUGCAAAUGCAGGUGCUGCUCGUGCCACCCCGGAAGAGAGCAGCAGCUACCAGCCUCUGGCUGGCGAGCCUGCCUCUGCGACGAUGAGCUCGGCAUUCUUGCGGCCGUCCUGA